CACCCCGCCCACAGGCUCCUCAAAGCUUGGAGUCCAGCUCACUGGAGGCAGGGACUGGGCUAGGGCAGAGGUGGGAUGACCUGUCCUAAUUCCCUGGGUCCUGCCUCCACCAGCCCGGGCAGUGCCCUUCCCUGCAGAUCCACCUGCUCCUCCCAAAGCCCACCUCUCUUCCUGUCCCCCUCCCCAGCCUUGAGCCCCAGCCCUUGCUGCUCCUCUCUCUUCACAGAUUUGGGGGACUGCUUUCAGAUCGGCAGGAAUAUUGUGAGGAGCUACUCCAGAUCACCAGGGCCAUGCACCCUGGGGCUCCUGCAGCCCCUGGAAUCUCCGAGCCAGGGCCCCGGGAGCUGUGUGCUUUUGUGAGCGGGGCAGCUGCCCACAUACUGCGCACCCUGCACCCCCGUCGGACCCGGCCCCCAAAAAGGAGGCCCAACCACAGGAGGUUCCUGCACAACCAGAUCUGCAGGCAGUUUGCCAAGAUUGAAGCUGCCACUCAGCGCCUAACCAUGUCCAUCCUGUCCCAGGAGGCACCUCCCCGGAGACCACCACCCCAAAGGCCACCCCGACCACCUCCAUCCCCCUUCCUGGGUGUGGCCUGUGCUGUGGCCCCCACUGAGGCACCCUAUGCCGGCCCCAGCCUGAGUCUCGCUGCCCUGGAUGCUUCCACCCUCGACCUCUUUGAUGACAUUGCACUCACCCCAGAGUGUCCCUCAGUGCCAUCUGAACAGUCCCAUUGUGCACUGCCAGGCCAGCUAGACUUGGGGCAGGACCCAUACUUCUGUGAUCCCCUGGUCCCUACCCCGCAUGCCCUGGGGGGAGCAGGUGAGCUCUUGGCUCUCCAUGGGGGUUGGGUGGGCAGGUGGGAGACGCCUUGGGGUUGCCAUUCUCAGGGGACCCCUGAAGGCGGGGGGACCUGUCCCCCAUGACAUUCAAUCAAGGAAGGCCUUGCUCUCUCCCUACUCUGCUUCUCACUCUUUCUUCCCAGCCCCACCUCUUCGGUGACUAUCCCUCCAGUUCCGUCUUCCCCUGGUUCAUCUCUGCCUAGUGCUGGUCUCUUCUUAUUCCCCAAAAUUUGCUGAGCACCUCUUACGUGCCAGGCCUGGGUCUAGAUGCUGACGAUUCAGCAGUGAAUAAAAACAGACAAGAUCUCUGUCCUCUCGGAGUUCACAUUUGGAAUGGGGGAGGGAAAAUUGGCGGGGGGGGGGGGCAAUAGAAAAUAAAUGACAACAUACAUACGUUUUUAAACACAAGAUAAAUUUCUAAUUUCAGAUUGUAAUUAGUGCUGUGAAGAAAAUAAAACAGCGACCUGAUCGAGUGACUACUUGAUGAAGGGUGGUCAGGGAAGGCCUUGAAUGAUAAGGAGUUGGCCCUGGGAAGGUCCGGGGUUCUAGACGGCGGGACCAUCAUGUGCAAAGGCCCUGAGGUGGGCUGUUGGGGGAACAGCAAAGAAGGCCAGUGUGGCUGGAAUGGAGUAAGCCGGGAAAGAGUGGUAAGAGGUGAGGACGCAAGGUUGACAAGGCAGAACAUGAAUUGGGAGUAGUGUGGAUUUUAUUCCAAGGCUGAUGGGAAAUUCUCUCUCCAUCUCUCUCUCAACCCCAUUUCCAAGCACAGUCUAAAUAUUGCAAACAUCACCCUGGGGGGCAGGUGCUGUAAGAUGGGGAACCAGGCUGCACAGAGAACUAACGGGCGCAGACAGGGAGGGACUUAAGCUCGUAGCUUCUUCGCACUUUUAACACUUUCCCGGAAAGUGCUUGGGUCUCUUUGUAAGUUUCUGUCUCUAGACUGAAGGGCCAGGGUUCGAAUCCUAGACCUGCCCCUGCCCUGGGCACGGUCCCUUCCUUCCUCCCUCUCUCCCGGCCCCAACAGUCCAACUUUACAGCGGGGCAGAUGGCGACGC